AUGUUCAACUUUGACACACGGGCGGCCGAAAUUUCUCAAAUGGAAAUAGGAGCCGAGCUAUUGGUGGCACGUUCUGCAUUGCAGCUGAAUGAUCUGAAAACACCGGAUCGUGUCUGCCGCGAUCGUAUCCUUGCUGUUCAGCAUACGCUAUUCUCUUGUGGUGGUGUUGCUCUUGGUAUUCGGUUGCAUCACAUCGUUUGCGAUGCAUCAGGGCUUUUCCAGCGAGUCGGAGAUCUUGCGGAACUCUAUCGUGGCCUGAGCGGCUUAUCGAGACCGGUUCUCUUCGCUGAUCCCGAGAUUCAAUCAUAUCUCCGGGAGCCAAGUCUAUUAUCGGAAAUCCAACGAAAGGAAGCUCUGAUGUACCAAAUAUCAAUAUUUUCCUUGGGAGAAGACCCUGUUGAAGCAUCAAGCCCACAUAUCAAGACCGAAGCUCCUACUGUUCAGUCUGAGCUCACAGGAAAGGUGACCGGGUGUCUGCUGCGCUUUUCGGGCCGCAAACUGCAGCAACUUGAGAAAUCAGCUAAAAGGAGGAAGCUGGGUAUCUUCAUUCGAAGUAUUGUCAGCCAUUUAUACCGUGCACGAGUACAUUCAUCGAAGUGGCGCGGUGCCUCAGACUCUGAAGUCGCUUCUCGCCUUUCUCGUGGCUUUUGGGCCUCCAUCGAAGCGCGUGGACCUACUCGUCUCGGCCUUUCGCAGGAAUAUUUUCCGAACGCUGCGACACGUGUUAUCCAUGAUGUUGUUCGAUCAUUUGAGCCAGAAGAGACGGCCAAGGACUUGAAUUGGAUUGCCGUACAGCCUGAUAAAAGCCAAAUCAAAGUCAAAUUCCCCUUCAGCUGUGGUAAUUCUACCGUCAGUCAGUGGAGCAAGCAUCAGACGUACCUUGGAGUUAAUUUUAAUGUCGAUGAAGAUGGCAAUGCCACCUCACUUGUUCUUUUCACCCCUCAACUCGCUAAGAUCACUUGA